AUGAGUACUGUGGAAGGGGUCGAAUAUGACAUACGGUUGAGAUCACGUCUCCCAGUUAUCCCGAUUGGUUUGAAAGAGACGUACCUAAUCGAUUUCCGAUCCGCUCUCUCCUCUUUCAUCACUUCGCAUUAUCACGAGGACCCGGACAAGUAUGCCGAGGGCUUAGACAAGCUUACGGAGUAUCGAAAGAGAAUUAUGGAACCACAGAGAUCCAGUGCUGGUCUAAAAGAUUUCAGGUCCUAUUACAAUUUGCUCAAUACAAUUGAAAGAAGAUUCUUUGAUGAGUCGAUUCAUCACGGGUUUCGAUUUUCUUGGUAA